GUCGCCGGCGCGCGACGCGCAUGCCCCGCGUUUGAAACCAGUGUGUCAAAACUAAAACCGACAAAUCAAGAAUCCGCCGGACUUUCACUUUUGCAAUACAUGAUAGUUUCUCAGAGAUAAAAACAACCUUGUCCAUUCCAGUAUCGCCUUAGCCGCGGAACGAUAGCGUUUUGUUUCCUCUCUCGCCGCCUUCACAGCACACCCGACGACAUCGGGUUUUCCUUGGCCCGCUCUCCGGAUUUUCCCGCCGUGUUCCCGGAAUUUUCAGCGCGAAUGCAGCUCUAAAGGGUCAGUUUGUUACGUGCCGCCCAAGUAGUACGUUCUGUCGGGCAAGAUGACUAGUGUGGACGAUAUUUUGGACUACAAGAAGAAGAGCCAUGAAGAUUACUACGCGAUCCUUGGCUGCGACGAAAACUCGUCUGUGGAACAGAUCACGGCAGAGUACAAGGUGCGCGCCCUUCAGUAUCACCCUGACAAGAAUGAGGGGAACAAGGAGGCGGAACAGAAAUUUCAGCUGCUAAAAGAAGCUAAGGAGGUGCUUUGUGACCCCGAGAGGAAGUCCAAUUACGACAAAUGGAGAAAUAGUGGAAUAUCCAUUAGCUACAAACAGUGGUUGGGCAUGAAGGAACAUGUACAUCAGUCGAUGCAUUGGAGUACCCCGAAAACUAAGGAUCGCAUGCUGGAAUCGGGGGGAUCGUCUGGCCCUUCCAGCUUGGGAGCGGGCGGCACGACGGCCGCCCAGCGGCGCGCCUCGGAGGGUGGCGCCAACCUACAUUGGGGCGGCCGCAGCGGCGUCGGCUCAGCUUGGGGUGCCGGUGACGCGCCCAGCGAGGUUGUCAACAAGUUCAGAAAUUACGAGAUUUAAAACGUCAUGCCCCCCAUCCCAUGUCAUGUGUCAUGUCGUUCGUGUAUCCAAGUCCUUAACAGUAGCAAGCCGUUCACUUGUUCAAUUCUCUUUGGGUGCCUUAAAAAUUACAAAAUAAAGAAAGAAUCGUAUUUAAAACCGGAACCACUAUUAUUUUAAUUAAUCAGAAGUAUCUUGGGUAUGAGUUAAAUAAGUAACAAUCCCUAAAUAGAAAACUGGACAUAAUAUUUUCAAAAUUAAAACUUUUAAGGCGCCCAUUUAAAAUUAUGAAUGUCAAAAUCUCAAGUACUUAAGUGGUAUAUAUCAUACCUCCUAUUCAAUAAAAUUCCUAGGGUAUCUUAUACCGUCAGUACCAAAAGUAAGUAACUUUUAUUUAUUCUAUUUUUUUGUUAUUACAUUUUUCAUAUAGUUCUGAAGGGCGUGAUUCUUCAAAACUACCUUGAUCUGAAAAAAAUAAUGAGAAAAGGGUUAUAUUUAUACUAAAUAUUUUCGUUUAAAUAUGUGAAUGUAUGAGAUACCCUGUCUAAAAUACAAUUAAGCGUAUAGAUAAUAUUUUCUGAACGUAUUUAACUUCGACUGGUAUUACUUAGACGUUUCAUUAUAUUUUUGAUAUUAAUUCCAGUGGCAUUUUGUCGACAAUCUAUUUUUGUAUUUGGACCAACCAAUUCUUUAUCCAUUAUUGUAAUGUGAUAUUAGUUAUGUAUUUAAGUACCUAGUUGAAAACCUAGUAUAGCAUUUUUUGACCCGUUCUAUCCUAAUAAUUUAAAUUUAUUUCCCCCUUAACGAUUUCCUAGGUUGCCCCCUAUUGAUUUCUCUAAAUGUUAAAUGUGUAUAAAGUUUACAGCAUUUCGUCUGCAUGGUGAUACUGUAACCACACCUGUAGGGAAUGCCAAUUUCAAUUACAGAUGCGGGGAUGAUGUAAUACCAAUUCCUGAAAUCUGAAUGUACAAGUUUUUAAAAAAUUCAACGAAAUAUCAGACCCUUUAGGUUUGUGGUCCCUACUAAUAAUCGUAGAUGUUUGAUACUAGAUGGCGCUUGUCUUUGUUUCAGUUCGUGAGGCACUAGAUGGCGUGCGGCGAAUUGUGAUAUUACAUCAUUUUCCGCGUGUGUCUCUGUGUACUGAAUGUUACAAUUGUGUAUAUCUUCGUUUCUUAUUCUUGAUCAGGGUAAGCACAAACUGUCCAUAUCCCUAUACACCUCUGUAUUUUGAUAUAUGUAUGUUGUCACAUUAUAAUCAUAUGUUAUAUACAUUAUGAAAAAUAUAUUUAUAAAUGUUUGAAGUAAAUAAAUCUAUAAUAAGACGUU